UGAUGGAGUUAUUUGCAAAUUGCUUCAGUUCCUUGCUUUCACACCAAAUUAUGAAUUGAUGACUACAUUUUAGGGCUCAGUUGUAAAGAUUUUUAAGAAAGUUAUAAAAAGCAUCCGAGAGAAAGAAGGUCAUCUUAACAAUAAAAGCACUUUAGGGACUUUUUAAAUUAACCACAGUUUUCAUUUCAUGUUGGAUGUGUUCAAUUGUGUUAAAAAGCUGACGAAGGACAGAUGGCCAUUGAGGGAGCAGUAACUGGCCAAAUCCCCGGUUCUCGGGACUUCACCGAAAAUGGAGAUCAAAGUGAAAGCAGUGGGGCAAGAUGGAAAAGCACUGCGCCUCAACCUCAGCCACGUUUGUCUCCUCAAAUUAAGACCGGUCGGCUCCAACCUAUCCAUGAGGCUAAUGCGGAUCUACUCUGGGAAGAAACAGGUCCGUCUGUCCCAGAACCUGGGGCGGACGUGCCGCUGUAUAUACGCGCACUUCACAGGUAUUUUGGAAAAACUUUAGCUGAAUCUUAUCUACAGCCCACUAUUUCGGAGGAGAAGAUGUCCCCUAGAGCACGGGUGAUAUAUGAAAAGGCAAGAGCUUUAAAUUCAGAGGAGACCUGGAAAAUGUUGAGGGAACAGUCGAAACUGAAACUGAUGCAAUUGGAAUCUAAACUUCCAUCAGAUGCAAAAUUAUUAGAGAAACGGAGGUUCAACGAAAUGCUGCAGAAUCUUGAUGGAAGAAUUGGUCACUACAGGAACAAUCUCGCACAGAUACACAGGAUCUCAGAAACAAACCAGGACAAGAUGUCUCUGAUAAUAGUCAAUAAUCCUCUCCCUGACCUCACUGACAUGAAGGGGAACUGUGGCCCAAUGCAAUAUCUCAUCAAAAGCGACUCGAAGCAGGUGUAACAGUGAUGUACCUUCACCGAGCAGUUCGAAUUUGGAAUGGAAAGGAAUCAAUUAUUUUGAAGCUUGUGCAUGUGUUCUAUCUAAACUGGCGUAGGGAAAUAAAAAUGAGAUUUUUCAAAAAUGUCA